AUGAAGUGUGAAGAGAUGAAGGGCACUGUGCAGAAAUGUGUGCAGACCCCCAGGCACAGCAAGGAGGCCCUGAACAGGCUCAACCAGGCUAUCCAGCAGCUGAAGAUGGAGGCAUGUGGUACUCAGAGUCAGCCUUGUGAACUACAGAAAAGCAAAGACUUGGAGGCCAUGCAGGAUGUGGCCUCGGGCAGUGCUAAGGGCAAGCUGGCCUGGCUGGAGGCUGCCCUGCAGCGAGCCAAGCAGGACAUGGCUCGACAGCUACGUGAGUACCAGGAGCUCAUGAUUGUCAAACUGGGCCUGGACUUUGAGAUCGCCACCUACCGCAGACUGCUGGAGGGUGAGGAGCAGAGGCUUGGUCGGGGGCUUGGGGCAGGGAGCGCUGCUCCCGGCGGUGACGUCACUGGAGGUCCCGGCCUGACCUCCCCUGCAAGAGCACCAGGCGUCAGUUCCUGUGGCCUGGACAUGAGCGCCCCUGGUGGUGGCUGCGCUCUCUGCAGCUCCACGGGCUGUGUUGGAGGCUUUGGUUGCCGUGGCUCCCGUGAAUGUUGA